AUGGAUCAGGCGGACACAGGGCUCCAGGGAGUCCCCGGGAGGAGAGAGCAGAGUGUCCCCGUCUCAGAGAUCUGUUCCCCGGCCUCAGAGCGCCAAGGAGUCUCCGGGAGGAUAGAGCAGAGUGCCCCUAUGUCAGAGCUCUGUUCAGCGGCCACAGAGCCUGGGAGGAGAGAGCACUCUACCCCGGACUCAGGUCCAGGACAGCGGGCACACAGCAGCUGUGACCCCGGGAGAAGCAUCAGCAGAGGAGUUGCAGACUUCCUGUGUCCGUCAGAGCGAUGGCGCCUGGAGAGAGAGGAGCCACACAGGGCGAACGAGCACACGAACGUUCUCUCAGACUCUGAGAACGAGGAGCCGAUCAGCAGAAGAAUCAGGAACAUCUCAGCGUUCAUCAGAAAAACCAGCAGCGCCCUCAGCAGGGGGGGUCAGAGGAGCCGCAGCUCGGAGCCUGUGGAGGAGAAGAAGACUGUGAAGGUUCUACUGCAGCCGACCAUACUACAGGUGGGGGCUCCACUUUCUCUCACCGCUGGGAUCCUCCUCUCCUCUGAGAACAGUCGUUCCGUCUCUGCUCCUCUUCCGCCUCUUCGCCGAUUGGCCUGGAGCGCCGUGAUGCCUGCCAGCCAAUGGGAGCGUGGCGUUGUGAUGCCCACCAGCCAAGGGGAGCGCGGUGCUUCCUCUCUGGUCCAAUCAGAGCGCUCAGUGAGCCCAGACAGUAACGACUCUAUCUCUGAGGAGCUGAACCACUUCAAGCCCAUCGUGUCCUCGCCGUGCACGCCGCCACGGCGCCUCGCAGACGGACGCAUUCAAGAGGCCACCGUCAUCAAAUCCACACCCAGGAACCUCCGCGGCAUGGGCGGAGCUACUGUGGGGGCGUGGCCUCAGAGCUCAGUGCUGAUGCAGAAGUGGCGUCAGAUCGAGUUGGACCGACAGCUGGUUACUGCGGCAAUGGAGCGACGUUGUGCCGUCUCCGUGGCAACGCUCACCAGCCCUGUCACCAACUCCAGGAACCAGAGAAGAAGAAAGUUCACCAGGGCAGAAGAAGUACCGCGCAAAGUCCACAAACCCCAUGGACGUCAUGAACCCGAUGCCCUGGAGGUUAGAUCCAACAGGAAACGUCAACACAGAGCGGUCCAGAGGCUUCGCCCACAGGCUAAUGAUAACGCUGUGGUUAAUGCUAAACCACGCUCUUAUGAUAAACUCAGUGCUAAAGCUAAUGCUAACGCUCAGGAGCGCGCCGACAGAGCGUUAGCGCUGCAGCUGCAGAGACAUUUCGACGGAGUCCCCGACCCUUACUUCUUGCGAUCAGCCAAUCAGAGCGCAGAGGGGCGGAGCCUGAGGCGGCGGCACCAGCGACAUAAAGACUAA